CGAAGCAGUCAAUUUAUAGGUGGGCUGCUGCUCAUCAGCCAUACGAAGAGUGAUGCAACUUAAAAGUAACUUGAAUAAAUCUUGAUCUACUUCAAUCAAGCAAUUAAAUCGUACCAAAAACAAGUUUGUUUCUCGAAAAUCAAAAUCAUCGUUGAAAGAUUGAAAACCCCCACACAAACAGCAAGCAAGAAAGUAAUCUCGUCAACCACAAGAAGCAGGAGCAGAGUGAAUAAAACCGCAGAAGCCAUGCGCCGUUGGAAAUGCAAUGUUUCUCACGACGUCAUUUAAAACAACAAAUAGAAGAAAAUCGUUAGAUACAUCAGAUUCCCCCCGUCACAGAUGAGGAAAAAGCCAAGGGAGGCAAAAGUGAUAACAUCAAAACUCCAUUCUUACGUGAACACUCUCCUUUCGAAUUUCUUCACCGCAUCGCGCCACACCCCACCCCCUAACUUAGCCUCAGGAGCUUGCUUCUGUUGAAUAAUCUUUUCUAACAUAUCACCAAUCUGUGCUUGGCCUACGUCUCCUUCAUACGAACUCAAGGAGCCGUAAAUUAUGCUAGCGGAGACAUCGAUAUCAACAUCAAUAUCCAUGUCAGGAGUAUCCUUCCCACUUUGAGCGGGUCGAGGCUUCACCGUAAAAUCGACAUCGAUCCGCGCUCUGACUUUGCCAUCCACGUUUCUUGAUUUCAAUGGUGAUAUUUGCUUUGCAUCACCUCCAGUCGAUUCGGGAGCUAUGGUCGUGGAGGACCAGCCGAGAACCAUGCAGCGGAUCUCUAAUAAAGUGGGUUCGGACGGCUUCGCUUCAAUGGCUUUCGCCCUUGUGAUUCCGCAAUAAUCGAGUGCGCGUAUUUCAUCCCCAAGGCUAAUGGCUUUGUCCCAUGCUCGCGCCAUGCCUGCAAGGAAUUGUCUAGGGCUUAUUGAUGAGUGUGGGAGUUGGGAGGCGCACGUGCGGAGCGCAUGGAGGACAAGAGCCUUUUCAGGGGAAGGGCUGCUGCUUGCAUGUCGUGCCUCGUGGGUCACGCUGGGUGAGUAAGUAAGGGUAAUAGGCAGAUUCUUGUUUCCUGGGGAGGAGCUACCGCCAGACAACGCCUGGGUGGAUUGGUUGAGGUUGAAAGCGCCGGGAUAAAAAUCCACCUGGAGCUCAUUGCGAUAUCGCAUUCUCAAAGCAGGGCCAUAUUCGGAGCUCGGUUUCAAAGAAGCUGAUAAAAUACUCCAGCCUGUUUGGCGCUCAAGUUCACGAACAGAAGCUGUUAUUGCAUGUUGCAUUAGCAAAGAGGGAAAAUAUGCGCGUAUUUAGAGUGUACAUGCUCACCUUUCAGAGUUUUAACCUCCUUUAUACUCCAACCCCGGCACUCUUCUGUGACUCGCUCCGCUUCACCUAUCUGGGCCAAAAGCUCAUCUUUCAAUCCCGCUCCAGCUUUAAUUAUGCUCUUCUUGUUUUCCAGCUCCGCCUGUGACUGCUCCAAUGACUUCCUCUUUGCGGAAAUCUCCGCAUCUAACGCAGCUAACCGUUCACGCGCUUGACGAAGUUCUUCCUUAUCACAGUUUUCCAGUUCAUCGACGGCUCGUUGGAGAUUCUGGGCUUCGGUUUCAAGCCUUGCGUGUUUCUCGACUAAAGGGGGCACCACACGAUCUAAGAGAUCCUCUUUCUUCGACAGAACCGCAUCAUCAUUCUGCAUCUCUUCAACGUGACGAUCAAGUCCCUCUUUUAAGCCCUCCAAAAGUUUCAUGCGCCACUCAUACCACAUGGACUUGCUUAGCAGGCGCGCGUGAGCUUUGACGUUACGAAAUUGGUUGUCCAUCAACAACCGUAUAUCUGGUGGCGCCGUCACGUAUUCUUGGAACAAAGGCGGGUUAUCUGCGUACGUUUCGGUUUCAAUAGACCGGAUAAUCCGCCGACCCUCUGAUAUAUACGAUUUCAAUUCACGACACGACUAAAGCAAGUUAGCUCGUUGAAAGAGAAUAAGGAGGAGCGAGCCCACUUACGUGUUGGUACAAUUCAAGCAUCGGAACUGUGCAAAAGCCAGCAGCCACACAAUCUUCGAAACUUAUGCCUUUGACAGCCUCAUCAUCUCUCUUUGAUGUAGCCUUUUUAUUAUCACUUGACGGAGCCAAUGUAUGUCUCCUCUUUGUUGUGGUUAGUUCCAUAAAGUGGAUGUUAGUCAUAUUCAGGAAAUCUUGAAGCUGUAUUGGCUCAACUUGUGGCUCGUGUUCUUGGUUGGAAUAGCUCCCCAGGUUGCCUUCCGGGCCAGCACCAGAAUAUUGGGCGGUAUGACCUUCACCUGCGGACAAAUCUAACCGGCUAGAAAGAGGAACUCCCUUGGGGGUCGUACUCCCGGGCUUGCCUGGAGACGACCAAGGGUCAUUAUAACUUGAUGCUCGAAUUGUUCGCCUGACUGUUUCGCCCAUGGAAGGAGGGGCAGGAAGUUUAAUGUUUUUGACGGGGCUUGCAUCACGACCCCUCAGUCGUUUAGGAGUAUAGGCUUCUUCGUCUUCGUCAUCCUGAUCUAGCUCAGCUGGGCGCUUCCCAAGCAGGCCUACCGCUGCACCCACGUGCAGGCUUUUUCGUGGCUUUGGUUUAUUUUUCUUAGGGGUCAGGGUCGAUAUUAGCUCUUUCAAGUUAAGAGGUGGGCAUUCCCCAUUCUGAGAAUUGUUGGGUGCUUUAGUGAUUGCGAUCUCCCUUUCCCUUUCUUCUUCUCGUUCCUUAUCAAUUUCCUCCUCGAGCUCCCGAGGGUCAUCAAAUCGGACCACUUGAGAGAUUUGACCCUGUGGAACAAAGCUUUGGGAGUCCUCCCCGAUGGAUCGCCGCCUAUCUAGCAUUUCCGCAACACGCGGUGACCCGAGACCUUCCCUAUCGAUACCAAGGCCGCUCGACGGCCGCCUGUGAGGGUGCAAGACAAAGGAUGGAGUGGCCUGGCCUGUAAUGCUAUCAUGAUGGAAAAGCUUUCUUGAGCUGGGCGGUGUUUUCUUGGUGGAGGUUUCUCGAAGUUCCGGCACGAAAGGCCUUUUCGGGGAUGCAUUCCGAAACGCGACUUUGCUUGACGGGGGUGUCUUAGCAGGAGUCGAAGCCUUGUUACCCCGUGGAGUCAACUGUUUUUUAGAAGGGCUCGUUGUCUUUUUUACUGGAGAUGACGGUCGAGAGCCGCCCCUAGGGGUAGUAGAUUCUCUUAGACCCACGCUUCUUCGAUCCUGUCUGCGUCUAACACUAGCUACAGUCGGGCUGCCAUAUUCAGACACGAUCGGAGUGUUCUGUUCGAUGGUAGCAGCGAUUUUCGGAGGGGAGGGAACGAUGUUCUCUUGGAAUGGUGAGCUAAAAAUCUGACCAGCAUCGCUUUCUAAUUCCAUCAACAUCUUUCCUUGAGACCUGUUGUUAAAAUUGAAUUGAGGCGGUAAGAUUUUUCCUAGCGCAUUCGUCAUUUCCAUACCCAUGGUUUCGUCGUCCUCCAGGGGUUCAGUUUGUUCCUCAAUGGGUGGUAAAAUACCUCCUACUGCGCUUGUCAUCUCCAUCUCUUCAUCACCAGAUGCUUGAUCAAGCUCCUCAAUUCUAUACUCAGCGGGUUCGUUGGAGCGGUGCUCGUAUUCUUCGGCGGCUGUCAGUUGGGGAUACGCCUGCUGGAUACUACCAAGAGCUGAGGUGAAUUCCAUGGUCAUCUCUUCAUCACUGCCAACGUCACUGUCCCCAGAGAUACCCUUUAGAGGAGAAUGAUUACGAGCUAUGCCGCCAACCACGUUUGUAAAUUCCAUAGUUUGGUCCCCGAGAUUUGACAACUCGCUGGUCGAUAUCCGGCGGGCUUUGUCCAAAUGGCCAUCGUUUGAAGCAACGGACCUACGGCGGGGCUUUCCAUGUGGUGAGGUUUCGUCCCGUUUCCCCGGAAUUAUUCCUCCAAUGGCUUUGGUUAUAUCCAUACUCAUAUCUGCUUCACUCUCAUCAUAAUAUCCGGCAUCAGAUUGCCUAUUUGGAGGUUGAUAUUGCGAUAGUGGGUGAGAGAAAGGAUUAACAUUCUCCUGGUCCAGCCGAGCACUUAAGUCUUCCAAGUCUAAGUCAAGUUUAUUUGCCCCCUUCUUAACCCAAGGUUGGAAUGCCCCAGCAAUUUCACGAUUCGUGAAUUCCAUAGACAAGUCACCAUUCUCAUCGUAUUCAAUUCCUUUGGUGCCUGCUAGUUGAGCAGCCUGGCGUAAAGAUCGCUCUAGCCUCGCACUAUCGCUAGUGCUUGAAGCCUCGGAAUGUGUAGAAAUAGAUCGCUCGGUAAUAUUCUCCAUACUCAUCAAUGUGGCCCCAUCGUCGUCAUCGUCGUCGUCAUCGGAAUUCAUGUCCCCAUCCACAACAUGUUCGCCGGCCUCUUCACUUCCACCUGCCGAGCUUCCACUAAAUGGACUUGAAGAAAAUGCUUCAUUAGGGUCGGGGUUGUACAUAUCUCUGUGAGCUACGCCUGAGCUGCGAUGUGAUUUUUGAUGUGGAUCAUGGCCACUAUAAUUUGGAUCGUCAUGUGGAUUGUUCGUUGGCGGUUCAGUAUUAUCCAGCUCUUGCUUUUGGGUGUGUUGAGCUGGAUCCGUCAAAGCAGAGGCGCGCCUGGUAGAAUUCGAGGCGGAGGAAGACGUAGAAUCUUCAGCCAAUUCAACUACGUUCCAAGUAUGUAGUGUGGCCUCUGGCGCAAAUGAUACACGACGAUUUGCUUUAACACUGUUAGUAAGAACAAUGCUUUGAGGAGAACGGUCUGAAACCUACCCAUCGAUUUUCGCCUUGCUGCCCUGUGGUCCAAAAUAGCCUGUCUCUCGCGCUCUCGCUGUUCAGCUUCUUCCCUUUCCCUAGCCGCAGCCAUUUGUUCCCCCUCCGCGCGAACCGCAAUUUUGGCAUUUUGGAUAACAGCCGAAGGAUUAAAAGUAUCAAAUGGUUUGACCAAAUGAUCUGCCCCGACAACGGGAGCUGACGGUGGUUCAGAGACGUUAAUAGGGGGCUCAUUUUUUUCAUUCAGGCUAUUUGAUUGGCGAUAAUUGGAGCCGCGUUGCGGACUUCGAGCCGGAGUUCGUUUGCGCGUUUCAUCGAAAGAUGGAAUACUUCGUAUGGGAGAGACGGGUAUCGUAGGUUUGAGAAUGGACUUUAAUGGGAAUUGAGCGGUUGACUGGUCAAGCAAUUAGUAAUUCAAAACCGUCAGUGAAUUAAAAAUAUCCGAAAUUUAAAUAUAUACCUUCCGUCUAUUGCCAUUUGCAUGCUGAAGCGCAUCCAACCCGCCAGGCCCAAGACUUUUACUCCGCAUCUUUUUAUCCGAUCGUGUCGGUCUCUGCGGCGCAUUUCUCUGCUCGUUCACAACGCUCAGAUCCGCAGUCAUAUUUUCCUUAUCAACGCCAGAUCCAACGCCAGGACGGGGCAUCUGGGCGAAAGACCGGCAAGACCUCACACGCGCAGCCCCCGCAGAAUCGUUCUUUGUCGGCGCCAUGCGUUUGCGGGAUGGGAUGUAGGAAUAAAUGUAGGAAUAUGUGUUGCAGCGGAAAGGGAAUUGAGAGUUUAGCAGGUUGAUAAAUAUGGAUUAACGUCCACCAUUGCCCACGCGCAGCCAGCCCGAAGUAUUACAGUAUUGUAUAUAUGUAUCGUUAUCCGGAGUUGUCGUCCCCAAGUCAAGAGUUUCCGUAGUCUCGUCGCGUCAUCCUGGAAAUGACGGAGCUACCGAAUCUAGACUAGCGUAGUAAACAAACCGAAAAGCCCUAGCCGAGGGACACUAGCACGCAUCCGCACUAGCGCGGCUCCAGCACUCCCACAUUCAAUUCGGCAUCGUCAAACUCCGCACAAAACUUGUCAAUCUCGGACGACGACAUCGCCAACGACCACUCGACACACCUCGCGCCAGAAAUCCACCAACUCUCUCCCAGAACCCCGUCCCGCGAGCCCAGUGUCGGAUAUCUUGAUCUUUUCGCAACCAUGGCGACCGAGUUGACCGUACAGUCGGAACGUGCUUUCCAGAAGCAGCCGCACAUCUUCCUCAACUCUAAGCAGAAGUCCAAGAGCAAGAAGGUCGGAAAGGGAGGCCGGAGAUGGUACAAGGACGUGGGCUUGGGAUUCCGCACCCCAAAGACUGCCAUUGAGGGAAGCUAUAUCGAUAAGAAAUGCCCCUUCACCGGCCAGGUUUCUAUCAGAGGUCGUAUCCUCACCGGCACCGCCGUCUCAACCAAGAUGCACCGAACCAUCAUUGUCCGCCGCGAAUACCUCCACUACAUCCCCAAAUACUCCCGAUAUGAAAAGAGACACAAGAACAUUGCCGCCCACGUCUCCCCAGCUUUCCGUGUUGAGGAAGGUGACCAGGUCACUGUUGGGCAGUGCAGACCUCUCAGCAAGACUGUCCGAUUCAACGUCCUUCGCGUCCUCCCCCGCACUGGCAAGGCCGUUAAGCAAUUUGGAAAGUUCUAGAUGCUUGUUGAUCUGGAAGGCGUUGCGGGGGUGAGGGGGUGAGGUUGUUGGUGUGGAGCGCUGGGUUGUACGAGGGCCAAAUGACAAACGAACCUGCCUUGAUGUUACGGAAUAUGUUUUUUAUUGAGGAUUAAAAAAAUAAAAAAUGAUAGAAACGACAGGCACAAGGACAAAAGGUACAUGGAAAAACGGCGCGUGCCCCCAAAACGACACAGCUCACGCUUUUUUUUCAAUCCUUUUUCCUGAAAGGGGCGGCUUGUGCAUAAUUCUCUUUUUUUUUGUUUUGUUUUGAUUUCUCCCAUAUAGAGGGGGAAUUAUAUUCCAAUACUAAGUAAGGAGUUUAGUUGUCAAAUGCCAUGUGAAACUUUUUCAAAUUUCACUUCUGCGCGCUGUUCUCUUUCUGGCGUAGCACGCACAUCCAACCUUGGAGAACAAACCCUGGACACUUACUUUAUUUGAUGCAUAUUAAAGUCAUUAAGCAGGAGUUGCGAGCCUAUCGCGCUUUGCAGGCUGGGACGCGAAGAAAUUCCCUUCCCCGGUACCUCCUCUUCAUCAAGUUCCCGAACAGAUAAACUACAAAGUUACUAAACACAACAAUUAUUCUCACACAGAGACCCUUAAAUUUACAGCAACCCGGGAUAUAACAAAAAGGACAUAAACAAUAACCCAGGGCUAACCAAAUGAUUCCGCUUGACCAAUUUGAGAAGCUUUCAAACCCUGGCCGAUGUGUCCGCUACCACCCCAACAUCCGAUUAACUCGCUCCCGGUCCAGUGCAAAUACAUUUGCCACAGCCUCAUUUCCUCCCAGCUCAACUUCCACUGACUGCCACCUAUAUGUCGUCUCUGCUCUCUGUGUGACUUCUUCUGCCACCUCGGACUCUGAUUCGAUGGUGCGGCGAAGCUCUUCCCGAAACCUGUCCAAUGCCUCUUCUGCUUGAUUGAUUUGGUGCUCAUGGUGGUGGCUUUCUUCCUCAUCCUCUAUUACUACCAAUACCUCGGCUUCCUCGUCUAAUUCCAUGGCCUCCACGUCCUCCACCUCCACAUCCUCAUCAUCUUCGAUAACCACGACUUCCUGCACGUGCUGAUCGUUAACUUCUGCAUCAGUGUCGUCAUCGAUUACAAUAAUUUCUUGCUGCCUUUCGGAUUUCUGGGGCGUUAUUGGUGGUGUUGUGAAGGGUAUUGCGGAUGCCGAUGUCGAAUUGCUGUAUCCAAGCUGGACCCCAUCAAGAAACUCAUCAUCUUGAGCAUAUCUAGUUUCACGGGUGAAACGCCAGCCAUGUGCAAUUUUCACGGCAACCUGGUUGGCAUAUUCCACGGGUAAGUUGAUGAUCCUGAGAAAUUUACCUACAGUCACUCCAGCAGCAUUAUUAAACUUUGUAGGACUAUCCCUGAGUUUGCAAUGAAGAGGGUUACGGUUACAAUACUUGAUUCCGGGAUCUCUCUCCAAAUAAGCCAUUCUGACCAUCCAUAAUAUCCUGGGGUAAUAUCAGAAGACAGGGGUUCUUUGCUGAGGAUAUAUUGCGCGGAAAAUAUCCCAUUUUGGUCCAGCUUGGAAGCAUCAAUUAUUGACACUCUGGAAUUCUGACCCUUUGUCAACAUUCUGUGAACGCAAGGCAGCAGGGUGGAGAAUGUUGAAAUAAAUGGAGAGUUGACUUCGUAUCUUGACAAAUGGGUUUUGGCCAUCGCUUCAAUGUCACGCUGAUGGUAGAGCGAGGGGUGCAAGGUAUCAGCAAGCCCCGAAGAAAAAUACUGGGGAUCAUUGAUGCCGCUGCUUUGCGAGUUGAAGAAGCGAUACAAGAUUUGUGGCCUUGUUCGGGUUCUGUCAUAUCUUGGCUUCAUCCCUGCCCUAGGGAAUUCCGCUCCCCGGGCGCAUGCAGGUUCAAUGGCAGGUUCAAUGGCAGGUUCAACUACUUCGUGGGUAGCGUAGGUGUCGGCGUCAGGUGUUGGGUUAGAUUGGAGGCUACCAUCUGUGCUAGGACGAAAGAAAGACUGUAAAAGUUGGAAGCCUGGGCCUUUUGGCUUAACUGGGCUGUCAUCACGAUUCCUUCGGUGUAAAUGAAUACCAAGCUCUGUAGCGGCAAUUUCAAUAACUCUCCGGCAUUCCUCAUACUCUUCAUCAUCAGCAAGGGACGCUGAGUUCACAGAGACCCAAAUGAGAUGUCUCCUAUACAGCAUGUCAUAAUGCUGUGUAUUGACAGUGGUGACAGGGAGGCCAUCUUUGAAACCCACGAUCUCUGUAUCAAAGAUGUGGUUGAAGAUUUUAGUUUCAUCUUUCUUUGCAAGAGAAUAAAACCGUCGAAGAACACACAACACCUCUCGCUGAGGAUCCGUCCACCUAUGCCUUAGGGGUUUAAUAUUUCCGAAGUCUAGGAAAGAUGGAUAAUAUUCCUCAUCAUUGUUCCGGUCUGAUUGGGAUGGGGAUUGAAGCUGUGGCACCUCCAUGAUGGCAAGAAGAUGAGGUUAGGCAAUAGAGCGGCGGGAUAUAAUGGACACUUUGGGACCUGAGAGGAGAAGGAUGAGAGUGGUUUAAAAAUUCAAUGAACCGUGGCUUUGAUGGAGGUAGAGGAAUGUGUAUGAUGCGAUAACACAACAACAGCACCGCACCGUCAUGACGCCCAAGGAGUGAAUGAUGAAGGCAUCUAGGACAGGGUUGAUCAGCCACGGCAUCCAUCAUUCACUCCACGGCAUCAUUCACUCCAUGGCAGUCUCAGAUAUGGAUGAACAUUGUUAACGCAAUCGCAAUGUUGAUUUGAUAGCAAACAAGUCAUAAUAGGAACUAGAGAUCAAAUACAUCAUCAGCUCAAGAUCUUGUUUGAAAGUUUGGUGGCUUCAAAAGGAAAUCGAAGGAAAGUGAUUGGGACCAGACUCCCUUUCAG